AUGGGCUUCUCCAACGACAAGAUCAGCGACGACAAGAUGGGCAACGACCUCGAAUACGGCGCCCAGCUCAAGCCUGAGGACACCAACCCAACGGGUCAGACCGAUGCCGUCUUUGGUGAAAUCGUCGAGGGAGGACCCAACUACCGCAGCGUCAGCUGGUGGGGUUCCUCCGUCAUCAUGAUGAAGACUCAGAUCGGUCUCGGUGUCCUAUCAAUCCCCGCUGCAUUCGAUGCUCUGGGCCUCAUUCCGGGUAUUAUCUCGCUGCUCGCCAUCGGAUUGAUCACCCUGUGGUCUGGAUACAUGGUUGGUACAUUCAAGAUGCGUCACCCCGAGGUGUACGGUAUCGAGGAUGUAGGACAGAAGCUCUUUGGGCGCACAGGCCGCGAGGUGCUCGGUCUUGCGUUCGCUUUACUGUGGACGUGCGUUGCUGGCUCCGGUAUGCUGGGUAUCUCCAUCGGCUUGAACUCGUUGUCUGAACACGGCACCUGUACCGCUGUCUUCGUGGCGGUGGCCGCCUUCGUGGGCUUCGCUAUUGCUUCGAUCAAGACCUUGGGCAAGCUCUCCUGGAUUGCGUGGGUUGGUCUUGUUGGCAUCAUGUCGGCUAUCAUUACCCUCACCGUCUCAGUCAGUCUUCAGGAUCGCCCCUCUGCGGCGCCUCAGUUCGGCCCCUGGGAGUCUGACUUUGAGCUCUUCAAAUCGCCUACCUUCGCUGAGGCAUCGGCUGCUCUUUCCAGCAUUGUCUUUGCGUUCUGCGGUAUCCCUGCGUACUUCAACGUCGUGUCCGAGAUGAAGGACCAGAAGGACUACUUCAAGGCUCUGUCGCUGUGCCAGUUCGUCAUGACCUCGAUUUACGUCGCCAUCGGCAUCGUAGUCUACUACUACUGCGGAUCGUAUGUCGCUUCGCCUGCACUGGGAUCCGCCGGUGUCUUGAUGAAGAAGGUGUGCUACGGUCUUGCGCUUCCGGGUCUGCUUGCCUCCGUCGUCCUGGUCACUCACCUCGUCGCCAAGUACUUCUUCAUCCGCACCCUGCGCGGAACCAAGCAUCUCAGCCACCCCACCACCAAGCACUGGAUCACCUGGUUCGGCUUCACCGCCGCCGUCUCCCUAACCGCCUACGUCAUCGCAUCCGCAAUCCCCGUCUUCGGCGGUCUCGUCUCGCUCGUCGGCGCCCUCUUCGGCACCCUCAUGAGCUUCCAGCCCAUGGGCUGCAUGUGGCUGUACGACAACUGGCACCGGUCCAACCGCGACUGGAGGUGGAAGGGUAUGGUCGCAUGGUCCGUCUUCGUCAUUGUGUCUGGCACGUUCCUCCUCAUUGGCGGUACUUAUGGUUCCAUUGCCGGUAUCAUCGACUCGUACAACAAGGACGGUGGCACCAAGGCUUGGACUUGCGCGGAUAACUCCAACUCCAGCGGUGGUCACUAA